GCUACACGCACCCGAUACUUUCGUCGGAGCAAACUCUCUCUGUUUGAAGCCACGGAGAAAAAGCUUGGGUGAUUUCUUGGAAGCGAAGAGUGAGGGGAGAAGAAGAAGAAGAAGAAGAAGAAGAGGGGGGAGGAGGAGGAGCAGCAUGGCUGAGCACAAGGAGGAGCAGUCGGUGAUGGAGAAGCUCUCCGAGAAGCUGCACGGCGACUCCUCGUCGUCUUCCUCGGACUCGGACGACGACAAGAAGGGUUCCUCCUCGUCGUCGGCGGCGGCGGCCAUGAAGGCCAAGAUCUACCGCCUCUUCGGCCGCGAGAGGCCCGUCCACUCCGUCCUCGGCGGCGGCAAGCCUGCUGAUCUCGUGCUAUGGAGGAACAAGAAGAUCUCCGGUGGGGUGCUCGCCGGAGCCACGGCCAUCUGGCUACUCUUCGAGAUCAUGGAGUACCACCUCCUCACCUUGGUGUGCCACUGCCUCAUUCUCUCCCUGGCUGUCCUCUUCCUCUGGUCCAAUGCCUCCACUUUCAUCCACAAGUCCCCUCCAAACAUUCCUGAGGUGAAAAUUCCAGAGGACUUGACAGUAAACAUUGCCCUUUCUCUGAGAUAUGAGAUCAAUAGAGGUUUUGCAACCUUGAGGGAGAUUGGUCAUGGCCGUGAUCUGAAGAAGUUCCUCAUUGUGAUCGCUGGACUCUGGAUUCUGUCAGUUCUUGGUAGCAGCUGUAACUUUUUGACUUUGUUCUACAUAGUUUUUGUGGCGCUCUACACUGUGCCAGUACUGUAUGAGAAGUAUGAGGACAAGGUUGAUGCUUUUGGUGAGAAGGCUGAGAUUGAAUUUAAGAAGUACUAUGCCCUCUUUGAAGAGAAAUGCCUAUCGAAGAUUCCCAAGGGUCCUUUGAAAGAUAAGAAGCACUAGAUUAGUAGAAGGUACCUGCAAUGAAUCAGCAGCCGUGUUAAUCACUAUUGCUCGACUUUUAUUUUGGAGGAUGGUUAUGAGUCCUUGUGUGUGUGUCUAGUUGAUAAUAUAUACUUGCAUGGGCAGUUCUAGCCUUCUAGCAUGGCUGAUAGUUGUUAUGUGGUGGCAGAUGGUUGUGGCGUGCAAUCUUUUGUGGAGUUGAGCAAUGCUGGCUCAAAUCUGCUGAUCUUUUCCCCCCUUUCAUGUUCAACUUUAAGCAUAGUUACUAUAUCUGGAUGCUAGAAGUAUUAUGGUACUAUCAAUGCCCCAAGUGAACCUUGUGAUAUAUUGUUUCAUGGCUUUAUGUUUUUUACCGGUUUUAGGCUAGUGGGAUGUAUUAUGGUAUUACUUUGUUUGCUGAUAUGAAAUCUGGUAAUCUGGUCCGUCUUCA